GAAAUCUUCUAACACUCAUCAUCAUCAUCCACAACAACAACAUUGUUUUAAGCGGCCUUAUCUCCUCGCUCCCAAAUAUCCUGUUUCUUGGAGCGCCGCUAGCCAGAACCAAUAGAAUCCUCUUCCUGCCAUUGGCCAAAUCCACUUCCCAACGUUAGCACAAUCUCAUCCGCUCCAAACAACACUUAGUGUGUACGUACAACUCCAACUUGCCCUCUGUCUGACUAGAAAAAAGACGAGAAAAAUCAGAAUAGCAGUUGAAUUUUUAAAAAAAUAAAAAGGACUGGACAGUCCUUAUUUGACAAUGGCAAGCACCAUCAAGGAGGCCUUGUCAGUGGUGAGUGAGGACCAGUCACUGUUCGAGUGUGGCUACGGUGUGUCUCACCAUCCCAAAGCCGACAUGACCGCCUCCUCUUCCGCCAGCGAGUACGGCCAGAGCACCAAGAUCAGUCCCCCAGUCCAACCGCCUGAUUGGAUGAACCAGCUGCCCGCCAGGAGCUCCAUCAAGAUGGAGUGCCACAGCAGUAGCCAAGUCAACGGCUCCAGGAGUUCCCCAGAUGGGAGCAGUGUGAGUAAGACUCCCAAGGGCAGCAGUGGUGGAGGUGGAGGUGGAGGCGAGGGUGCACCUGUGGCCUACAACAGCUACCUGGAGGAGAAGCACAUGCCUCAUGCACAAAACAUGGCUGCCGGCGAACGCAGGGUCAUUGUGCCCGCGGACCCCAGCCUGUGGUCUACUGAGCAUGUGCGCCAGUGGCUGGAGUGGGCAGUGAAGGAGUAUGGGCUCCUGGAGGUGGACAUCUCCCUCUUCCAGAACGUGGACGGCAAGGAGCUCUGCAAGAUGACCAAGGAGGACUUCCAGAGGCUCACCCAGAGCUACAGCGCUGAGAUCCUCCUUUCACACCUCCACUACCUCAGAGAGACUCCCCUUCCUCACUUGACUUCAGAUGAUGUUGACAAGGCCCUGCAAAACUCCCCACGGAUGAUGCACGCCCGCAACACAGGAGGCGCGACUUUUAUGUUUCCAAAUUCUCAAGUGUACUCCAGCGACACAGCCCAAAGGCUCCCCCCCAGGCCAGACCUGGCGUAUGAAGUGGCGAGACGGUCCGUUUGGCCCACCCAACCAGCAGCUACCUCCAAAAGCCCCCAAAACCCACCAGCCAUCGUGACAAAAGCAGAGGAGCAGAGACCUCAGUUAGACCCUUAUCAAAUUCUGGGACCCACCAGCAGCAGGCUUGCCAAUCCAGGCUCGGGUCAGAUCCAGCUGUGGCAGUUCCUGCUGGAGCUGCUGUCGGACAGCGGCAACGCGGGCUGCAUCACGUGGGAGGGCACCAACGGCGAGUUCAAGAUGACCGACCCGGACGAGGUGGCGCGGCGCUGGGGCGAGCGCAAGAGCAAGCCCAACAUGAACUACGACAAGCUGAGCCGCGCGCUGCGCUACUACUACGACAAGAACAUCAUGACCAAGGUGCACGGCAAGCGCUACGCCUACAAGUUCGACUUCCACGGCAUCGCCCAGGCGCUGCAGCCGCACCCGCCCGACUCCGCCAUGUACAAGUACCCCGCCGACCUGUCCUACGUCAGCACCUACCACCACGCGCACCAGCAGAAGAUGAACUUCGUCUCCUCGCACCCUCAGGGCUUGCCCGGCGUCACCUCGUCAGCGUUUUUCGCCGCCCCGAAUCCUUAUUGGAGUUCGCCGACGGGGCCCAUCUACCCCAACAGCCGACACCCGGCCGCGCACAUGCCCUCACAUCUGGGCACCUACUACUAGCCGACGUGUCCUCCUCACACCUGGGCACCUACUACUAACGAGGUGCAGGCGCACCUUGCGCAUUACAGGGCACACAGGGCAUCUUCAACACUGGAGGAGACAUCACAUCAUGGGCUUCAUGGGGCCAAGUCCAAGAAAACAGAGAAUGCGCGCAUAUCAGUGGCAUAGGUGCUGGACAAAACAAAAUAACUUAAAGUGAAUGAUAGAUGUCCACAACACUGUUAAUGCUCCCAGUUAUUUAAUAGCACAUUAAAUUAACAGGCACUGUUAACAGCACAUUAACAGUGUUAAGGACAUUUUAUUAUUAACCUUAAGGGGGGCAAGGCAACCAAGAGGGGGUUACUUUAUGUCUGUGAACAUUCUCUCUUAUUCGUCCAGGUCAUGGCCUCCCACCUGGGCAGGUGCGCAUGUAAGCAGGUAAGAUGCCAACUUGAACAUUAGUAAACCUCCCUGCUGACACGUCAAAAAGAUACUCUACCAGCUGAGCUAAUAGCCUAGCUGUUUAGCCUGGUUGGUAGCAAUAGUGCCUUUAAUAUGGGAGUUGCUGUGAGGUUGUGGGUUUGAGAGUGCACAGGAAGGAUCUGGAAUACAGAGGAUAUACUGUAUAGGAUAAUAUUCAAACUGAAGGAUGGCAAUAGGCCUAAUGAGGUCAAGACCAUCAGGAGAACUGCCCUUUUUCUGUUAAGAUUCCCUCUCAUUCAUCCAGGUAAUGGUAAUCCAAAGGGCCUGUAGGUAAAAAGUGAACAACUGGACUUGUUUUUGACGCUUAAGCUCCGAAAAGAAGUCUAAUUGCAGACAACUGUGUGUGUCUGACCGUAGUGCCUUCAUUUUUUUAAAAGAUAUUUUUUACUUUAUUUAUGAUAGUACAGUGAAGAUGGUGACAGGAAGCAAGUGGGGAGAGAGAGGCGAGGAAGGGUCGGCAAAGGACCUGGGCCAGGAAUCGAUCCCGGGUCGACCGCAUAGCAGACGAGUGACCUACUGCUAGGCCACCGUAGGGCCACCAUAGUGCCUUCAUGAGGGCCUUAACAUGCAACUCAGUAUGCCAAGUUUGAGGCUUGUGCCAAAACAACAUGGGAAGCCUCUUUGAACCUCUAAGUGUGCAAAGUGUGCAAUCAAUCAUGUGAAUAUGUAUAAUGUAUUGUACAGUAUUAUUGAAUGGGAAAACGCUGUAGGGGUUGAAAGGAUGUUGCAAAGACAAGAAAAGGAAUGUGGGGUGUGUUGGAAAUGCCCAGAGCAUUAUGAGAAGGAAGAUAUCUUUCCAAAAACAACAAAUUUAUUAAUUUAGUAAAUUUAAUACAUUUAGUAAUUUAUUAAUUACAAACAUAUUUUUGGAAGAAUAUCAUCAGACCAAAGGCUGUGAAGAAUGUAAGCUGUGCAAUACAAGUAUGUUGGAUGCUUUUGAAAGAAUGGUGACUGUUGUUUUUCAAAUAUAAAUGUGGCAAUUAAUUCAGCAGUUAACUGAACAGUUACACAGCAUUGUAUGUGUAAAAAUACUUCUUUAAAAAAAGCUAUUUUGAAAUGCAGAAUAACUCCGGCGGUUUUACAGUGAAGUGAUAGCCGGUUUUUAAGAGGGAUAGAGAGGCAAGUAUAAACUCUAAAUAAACUCUAAGCUUUGCAGUAUUUCCUAUAAGUCAGUACAAGUCAGGAGCAGGGGUGGAUUAAUGAACGGGCCUACCGGGUCGUUGUAUCGUAGUGUCCAAUUACCGGGGUCACCAAUUACCGGGGUCAGAGGUGCGUUUUUUGGGGGGGUAUGGGGGGCCAAGACAGUGUCUGGCCCAGGGGGCCAUAAUUUCUUAAUCCGCCCCUGAUCAGGAGGUUUGAAAUGAGGGAUUACAGAAUGCACAAAAAAAAUGUUGCUGUAGCAUUAUUGCAAUGGCAUUUACUAUGUGACUAUAGCAUUAUUGCAAUGGCAUUCACAAUGUUACUAUAGCGUUAUUGCAAUGGAAUUCACAAUGUUAAUAUGAUGUGUUAUAUGAUGUGAUCUCCUUGUACCAUGUUACAGUGUUACUGGUAUUAUGAAAUAUGAAGGCAGUUUACAUGUACACAGAUAUCAAUCCCAGUAGGUAUAGGCCUACCUACAGUAAAGGGUUGGGAAAAAGAACAACUGGAAUCUGAAUUUGGAGGCUUUAUACAAUGAUAUGUAGAACUUUUUUUUAGUGGGGGUAGGGUGGGGCAGGGCAGGGCCGAAGGUGAGGAUUUGUUUGAAACAAAUUACCCAUCUGUAGAGCACCAUAUAGCCCACUACAUACGUAUGGUAGACCAAAGUGCCAACUUUUUAUUAUUAUUAUUGUUGUUAUUAUUAUUAUCACUAUUAUUGUUGUUUUCUGAGUCACGAACGCUGUGCGUUUGUCAGUUCUGAGUAUACAUGUAGCCUUUUUAUUAUGUAGGAAUAUAUAACUUAUGCAUUUAACAUGAUGAGUUGAUCUCAGUCAGCCAAGGACCAUUGGAUUUUGUAAUAAAUGUUGUGAACUUCUUGACCAAAGUUGGACUCUGAAAUCUGGGGGGUAUUCCAGAAAGUAAGCUUGGGGGGUAGGGCUUGGAUAGGUUAACAUGUUUCAGCCAAUAGGAAUCUCCCCAGUAGCACACUAGGGGCUUGGCAGGAAAAGAAAUCCUGAACCUAUGAUUGGCUCCAAAUCUUCUGAUGAAAUUGUUUUAAAAGUUUUUUUGCGUUCUCUUGAUAAAAGUGUUACAGUGAUAAACAGUCCAAACAACGUCUUAUAUAUGUAUCGUCGCCCAGACACAUUUCUCAAAAAGAAUGAAUUAGCCAAAGAGAUACAUUUUUACUGUUAUGAGUAUAUAAGAUACAAAAAUGUGUAUCAUGUCGUGGUCAUUGGAUAUUCAGCACAGGGGCCACAACAGGGGCCAGGAGGUAAUCCACAGG